AUUGUUAGGCGUCUUCUUCCAAAAAUUGGAGCCAAAACAGAAACCCUAGCAUCCGCUUUGCUCGUUCGUCGUCUCUCUCGGCAUCCAUUUUUACGGAGCAAGGUUAAAUCAAGCUUCAAGCAAUGGCAACCACCGAGAACACUGUUUUGCAAUUUUCACAGUCCUCUAACACUUUAUCUGCCAAGGUUCAUCCUCUGGUUAUCUUCAACAUUUGUGAUUGCUAUGUGAGGCGCCCCGACCAGGCCGAUCGAGUGAUUGGUACUCUUCUCGGCUCGGUUUUACCUGAUGGAACCGUUGAUAUUCGCAACUCUUAUGCUGUUCCUCAUAACGAGUUCUCGGAUCAGGUUGCGCUGGAUAUUGACUAUCAUCACAACAUGUUAAGUUCCCAUCAAAAAGUUAAUCCAAAGGAAGUUAUCGUUGGAUGGUACUCAACUGGUACGGGAGUUACGGGUGGCAGUGCGUUGAUACAUGAAUUUUAUUCAAGAGAAGUUGCAAACCCUAUUCACCUGACUGUUGAUACUGGAUUUAAAAAUGGCGAAGGGACGAUCAAAGCUUAUAUCUCUGUCAAUUUGUCCCUGGGAGAUAGACAGCUUGCUGCUCAGUUUCAAGAAAUUCCUUUAGAUCUUCGAAUGGUUGAAGCUGAGAGACUUGGAUUUGAUAUAUUGAAGAGAACGUCUGUUGAUAAACUGCCAAAUGAUUUGGAAGGAAUGGAAGCUUCAAUGGAGAGAUUGCUUGCCUUAAUUGACGAUAUUUACAAAUAUGUUGAUAACGUUGUGGAAGGGCACGUUGAGGCAGACAACACGAUAGGGAGAUUUCUAGCUGACACUGUAGCCUCUCUUCCAAAACUGUCACCAGCUGCUUUUGAUAAGCUGAUGAAUGACAACGUGCAGGACCAUUUGCUGUUGCUGUAUUUAUCAAGUAUAACCAGGACACAGCUGAGCUUGGCUGAAAAGUUGAAUACGGCUGCUCAGAUUCUGUAACUUCUUCAAACCUGCAUCGACGAUUUUGCAUGUUAUUUGUUUGGUGAUUGACCAAAAUCUAAGAAUUCGGGUACUUAGUGUUCUUCUGCAUAACGGCUCCCCCUUCUCUUCUACAAACCCCCAUUUUGAUUGAGUUUCACUGUCAGAUUCUUCUUAUACUACUGCCUGCUUUGUGGAAUAUGUUGUCUAGUUUAACAGACGAGGGUGUUGUAGUACCAUUAUUACCAUCAACAAAUAUUUGUCCAGACGCCCAAUUUUCCCCCAUACUCAGUAUUAUGUUGCCACAAAUCUUUCUUUCUCAUCUCACUUUUAAGUAUACUUCCGUCGUUUAAAGCCAACAAUAUGAUUUACUUUCAA